GUCAGGGACCUUUCGUGGUUGGGGGGCGGUUGUGACGGUGGCUUAGGAACCUUCUCUUCUGGGCCAGAGGGGAGCUCUGACUCGCAGCCGGGCCCCGCCUUCACGCUGACGAGGCCUCGUUCCCGAGGUCAGGCCUGACCUGCUCAAGCCCAGAGAGUUGUAAGAAGUUGGAUGUAGAAGUUCUUCCUUGAUCAGCAGCUUCCUAUGGCACAUCUGUAAUUUCCUGGUUCUACCUCACAUCCUGUAAUCAUGGACUUGUCAGUGUGACCUUUCCAAGCCCCUAACAAAUCAACUGGCCAGUCGUCUCAUGUGUCUUGGGGAUUAGCUCCUCUGGAUAUGCUGCUGUACAUCACUUUGGGAUUGCUCGUACACUUCGUGUUCUUCGCCUCCAUCUUCGACAUUUAUUUUACCUCUCCUUUGGUUCAUGGAAUGACUCCUCAGUUUACACCCCUGCCUCCCCCAGCAAAAAGACUAAUGCUGUUUGUUGCUGAUGGCCUGCGAGCAGAUAAACUUUAUGAAUUAGAUGAAGAUGGAAAUUCUAGGGCACCGUUUGUUAGGAACGUCAUAAUGAAUGAAGGCAGCUGGGGGAUCUCUCACACACGUGUACCGACCGAGUCUCGGCCCGGGCACGUGGCCAUGAUUGCAGGGUUUUAUGAAGAUGUCAGCGCAGUUGCCAAAGGAUGGAAGGAAAAUCCUGUAGAAUUUGAUUCUCUUCUUAAUGAAACCAGGUACACAUGGUCCUGGGGAAGCCCAGACAUCCUGGCUAUGUUUGCCAAAGGUGACCUUAGAAACCAUAUUUUUACAGAGAGUUACGAUGCAUCCAGUGAGGAUUUUGGUGCCCACGAUGUAACAAAACUGGACACGUGGGUUUUUGAUCAUGUGAAGGAAUUCUUUCAUGCUGCCAGAAACAACCAAUCUUUGUUUUCUAAAGUAAAUGAAGACAAAAUCGUUUUUUUCUUACAUUUAUUAGGAAUAGACACAAAUGGACAUGCUCAUCGACCAUCAUCAAGGGAAUAUUCAGACAAUAUUAAAUUAGUUGAUAAAGAAUUGAAAGAAAUUGAGUCUACUGUUAAAGACUUUUAUGGAAAUGAUGGGAAAACAGCAUUUAUCCUUACCGCUGACCAUGGAAUGACAGACUGGGGCUCCCAUGGAGCUGGUCAUCCUUUAGAGACUUGUACUCCUUUUAUCGCUUGGGGAGCUGGAAUCAGGCUUCCCCAAAAAGUGUCAGCUCAGAAAUUUGAUGACUCAUAUUUGCAAGAAUGGAAGUUGGAGAAUUGGAAGAGACAUGAUAUUAAUCAGGCUGAUGUUGCACCGUUGAUGGCAGCCCUUAUUGGAGUUCCCUUCCCUCUUAAUUCAGUGGGAAUCAUUCCUGUGGAUAUGCUUAAUACCUCUGAUCUCUUCAAAGCAGAGAGCAUGUUUACAAAUGCAGUACAGAUUCUUGAACAGUUCAAGGUAAAAAUGACUCAGAAAAAAGAAGCUACUUUAUCGUUUUUGUUUACACCAUUUAAGUCGCUAUCUGAUACUAAACAGGCCAACAUUUUAAGAAAAGCAAGAUACUACAUAAAACAGAAAAAGUAUGAUGAAGCAGUCUCGCUCUGUCGGCAGCUGAUCCACCUCGCCCUGAGAGGCCUGGCCUACUACCACACCUAUGACAGGUUCUUCCUGGCUUUCAACGUCGUCCUUGGUUUCGUGGGAUGGACCUCUUACGCGUCUCUGUUGAUCAUCAAGUCUCACUGCAACCUGAUGAGAGGCGUUAGCACAGAGGCCAAGAACCCAAGCCGUCUCCUGCCGUGUACUUUUGUAGCCAUUGGCGUUUCUGUCACAUUCUUCCUGCUGAUUCAAGCCUGUCCCUGGACUUACUACAUAUACUGUUUGUUGCCAUUGCCAAUAUGGUACGCAGUUCUCAGAGAAAUCCCAGUUAUUCAAGGCUUUGUCACCUUACUGUCGACCUUCCCGCCACGACGCUUUCUUGGAUACCUCUUGCUCUUUAUCCUGGGAGUUGAAGUAUUAGUGCUCAGUUUUUUCUACCGCUACAUGCUCACGGCUGCGCUCGUUGCACUCGCCGCUUGGCCGCUUAUCACUGCGCUGUGGACUCGAGCAAAGAGCAUCUCGCUGAGUUGGAUUUUCUUCUGUUUGCUACUGGCCGUGUUCCCACUUAUGCCUGUUGUAGGACGAAAGCCAGAUAUCUUUCUAGUAGUGGGUGCAGGCUUGCUGGUUCUUCUACUCUCCGGGUUUGUUGUAACAUCUGUCAUAAAAAGAAAAGAUAGUUUUAUAAAUGAAGAGCUGGUGUUACAUCUAUUACAGAUGCUGAGCGUCGUGUUUUCCAUGUGUGUUGUGUACGGCACCCAUAAUAGUCUACUCAAGAAACAAGGACUGCCUCUUCUUAAUCAGAUUGUUAGCUGGACAAUAUUAGCCUCCUCCUUUGUCAUGCCUCUCCUGAGCCCUCCGGUCCUCUUUGAUCGAUUGUUCAGCAUUCUUGUUUCCUCGAUGUCGACCUACCUACUUCUAAGUACAGGGUAUGAAGCUCUCUUUCCGUUAGUGCUGUCCUGUUUGAUGUUUGUCUGGAUACACAUGGAACAAGAGACCCUGCAGCACCCUGUUGUUUCCUGUAAACAGAAGGUCUCCACCAUCCAGCUUGCCUGUAACACUGAUGCGGCCCAGUGUCGAGACCUCUGCCUGGAUGACAUCCGCAGGGCCUUUUUCCUUGUUUUCUUCUUAGUGACAGCCUUUUUUGGAACUGGAAAUAUAGCUUCUGUUAACAGCUUUGACCCUUCCUCUGUCUACUGCUUUCUGACCGUGUUUAGUCCUUUCAAGAUGGGAGCCCUGAUAAUGUGGAAGAUUUUAAUCCCCUUUGUUCUUGUGAUGUGUGCUUUUGAAGCUGUUCAGGUAACUACGCAAUUAUCUUCAAAAAGUCUUUUCCUCAUGGUUGUCAACAUAUCAGACAUCAUGGCUUUGCAUUUUUUCUUCCUGAUCAAAGAUUAUGGCAGCUGGCUUGAUAUUGGAACAAGCAUCAGCCACUACGUGAUUGUCAUGUCCAUGACCAUCUUUAUGGUGUUUCUCAACUGCCUCGCUCAGAUGCUCACGACAAGGAAACUCAGUCUGUAUGGCAGACCCAAAAGCCACAUCAUAUAAAGUUGCCAAAGCCAUCUUUCAGCAUCCAGGGGCUGUUUCUCGUUCUCCUUUUCAACUAAAAUCUUGUCAAGGAUUCAUUAAGAAGAUGGAAAUCAACGUGUAACACAUUCUGCACGUAUAAGGAAAUUACAUGUGGAAUUCUGAAUUUACAGGUUAUCUGGAAUAAAAGAGCUUCCAUUUUCUUGAGGUUUGGCAUGCGUGAAAUAGUGGUUACACCUGUGGAAAAGCCUCGUAAGGCAUUCUCCAUUUUCAUUUUUCCCUCUGGUUGGAAACUCUUCUUCUCACUGAUGUUUCAGAGCAGCCGUAACCAUCUCCAGCCCCCACUGUACAGCUUCCUGUAACAUGCUCCUGAGGGGGCAGUGCUGAUCACAUCCGGAAUCAGUGCACUGGCUGAACUUGAAGGAAAUCACCAGGUGGCCCCAUAAAUAUCCAUCAGCUCUCAGCACUGGUUUUGCAAGUAGUUCUAAUGACUAAACAGCACUAGAAAAACAAUCAGGAUGUGGAGAAAAAUGUUUGCAGGUGUUUUUUAAUUGUAAGACUUAAUAACUUAAUUUCCAUAGCUUUUAUCAUGCAUUGUUCCAACAGAAAUCUUUGAUUAAUUUAUUUUCGGGGUGCACGGCACGGCACGCGGGGUCUCCCCCAACCAGGGGUUGAACCUGUGCCAUCCAUGCACUGGCAGCGUGGAGUCCUAACCCCUGUGCCUCCAGGGAAAAGCCCCUGACAGGAUUUUUAACCAGUGGUUGCACUUGCUGGCACCGUCAUAAGACUCCAUGUUGAAACUGCUUUUCUUUCAGGUUGUGCGACAGGCCCAAAGUCUUCUUAUUAAAUUUUAAUUUCUAUUUAUAAACUAAGUGUAAUGGACAACACAUCUUGAGAGUAAUUUUUACUUGGAUUUUUCAUGAAGUGACCUUUACAUAUCACUGUGGAGUUGGAUGUUUGCCCAUGAUGCGCCAGGAGAGUCUGGCUGAUGCUAGGCUUUCUUGGUCUGAGUCCCAUUAAAAAAAAUAAUAAUUGAUUUUAAAUUAAGUUAUAGCAUCACUAAUUCACAUUAAUGAUGAGGAAAAGCCCUCUACAGAUUAGUAGAUUUUUCAAAUUGGCAGGUGAGUGAAGAAACAUAAUUUAGGAGAUUCAAAAAUCAGCUUGGCAAAUGUGCUUUCUUAAUGCCUAUUUAUGAUAAAGUAUAAAUAGUAUUGUGAUAGUAUUCAUGGUAUAACAGCAAAAGCAUACAGAAGUACAAAAAAAAAAGAUGUGCUGAUAUCAAUACGAGAUACCCUGUCGGCCUGCGGCGCAGAAUCGAGGUGGACGGCGAGGAAGCCGCUGUACCUGGAACCGUGCUGGCAGGCGGGCAGCCCGUGAACCUCCACAGCGCCUCAGAGGGCGUUUGAUCAGUCCUUUCACAAGUCAGAGAAAACUGACUUUGUAAACACAUUGCUAUUUUUCCUUUUAUAUCUAGUUUUGCCUUUCAUCUUUUUCCAGAGUUUCACACAGAGGAAUUACUGAAUGUUUUAUUGCAACAGGGUAAAAGGUGCUCUGUACUUUAUUUUUAUUUUGAUUUUUGAAGCAGGUCUCUUUAAUAUUAUUUCAAGUCCGUGUGAAUUUACACAACAGGGGUCGCCCCUGCAGCUGCGGGCCGGCCUUGCAGUACUGAGACGGGACCGCUCGGACUCACCUGGGGACAGAGUUUGCACGCUGGGCCUUUUCUUUUGCACGGGUUAUCACAAUAUCUUGAAGUAUUUUGAAAUGCGUAUUUUUAUCUUGAAUAACAGAAAAAUAAAGUAUAAGUGAAAUGUA